AGCUGAGCAACCCAAAGACAGACUCUUACAAGCACCACACAGGUUUAACAUCACCAGAGAGAGCACAGAACCAACAAGGGAUGGACUUUCAAGCACCAUCAAGAAAGGAGAUCUUGCACAUUCAAUGAGUCCCAACCAUGAAUGGAAAACUUUACGUUUGAAGAUAAAACUUGGACUAAAUGGAUAAAAUUUAUCUGCAUAACUGGUAAUAUCUCAUCUGACACGCUCUCAUUGACGCAAACAUCCAGGAGAGGAGCAUUUCCAAAGCUUUUUCUUUUUAACCCCACAUAUAUUUUAAAGUGAACUGGAGACUAUAAGUACCUGAUCAUGGCUGAGGAGAGACUUAUUCACCUGUUGAAAACAACUUGGAUGGUAUUUCUCGUGCAAGUUUUGUGUGUGAGGGGCAGUAAGCUGUGGGAAGCACCCACGGCCCCGCUCGUACCCCAUGCCAACCUCAGCACAAGACUGUUUUGGGAGCCACAGUGCCAGACUCAACUACGCCACCUACAGAGCGACGCAAGAAUCACAGCCACCAUACCACCCAAACUGGAGGGCCACUGGGUGUCAAGCAGAUGUGAAGUGCGACCUGGUCCAGAAUUCCUCACUCGAUCCUACACAUUUUACCAAAGCCCCACAUGUCUCUUCAGGGCCCUCCAGCACUACUACUCUGACAGCGAGUGCCACAUCCCAACCUUCUCGCUCGUGAUCAGGGGUAAAUUGCGGCUACGCCAGGCCUCGUGGAUUACCCAUGGAGCCACUGAAGCAGAGCAUCACCUCCAUAAAGUAGGAAUGGUCAUUCACAGCCAGAAGGCCGUUUAUCAUCUUGCUACCCGCCUCCCCUUUUCCUGCCUGGGGCUCAAAGCUGGAGGACAGCUGGUGCCUCAUCGCUUCUAUGAACUCUUCAAUGCCAAAGCAGAGAAAGACUGCCUGGGUGCUCUUGGGUUAUCCAUGAUGGAACUGGAGUUGCUACGGGUGGAGACCCAUCACCAUCCUCACAGCAGGCCAACUCAGGAGAUGUUUUUAGGGGAUGUGCACACAGACUGGAAUGAAAGGGUGCACCACAGACCGACUGGCUACCAAGAGCCUCUGCAAAAUGCUAUGCACCACAUCCAUCCAUGCCCAGUGUGCGCCCUGGUAUACCGAUCCUCUGAACAGCAUCCACCCAUUCUUCCUCCAUCCCCUUCCAUUCCUCUGGAUCUAAAUGGAAACUGGGUGAGCCAACGCUGUGAGUCCCGUCCAGACGUCCUCUUCCUCACUCGCUUUUUUGUUUUCAACGAGGAGCAACGCAUUUGGGAGGGCACCUACCAACAUUACACCGACCCAAUGUGCCGCCAGCCCAGCUUUACACUUUUGGCAUCAGGUCAUUAUGCUAAAGUGGGACAGUCCGUUAAAGUACGUGGGGCCACCGAGCUUAUCUUCAAGGUGACACGAGCAAAAGUGAUCGUGUAUGACCAAGCACUAUUGCGGGAAUUUAAUUCAACGCAAAAUAGAAGAUGUGGUCAGGCGGGUGGGUGGGAGUCGGGUGUUGAGCAAGACAUUACCUGGACGGAUGGUUGCGAUGCAUUGGGGGUACGACUUCCACAUAAAGAGCACGAGCUGUUUAAGAUGGGAGUGGAUCAUAAAGGGCGCCCCCUGUUGUUCAGUGGAGAAAGGCCCACGGAUGGGUCCAGCCCAGAUCGACUUGCAAAAAGGCCAACGUCCUUUCAGACACCAAUGGUGCAAUGCAGCACAAGGGUUAGGGUGGAGCCACGCUACAGUUCCUUCAGUGAUCAUUCAACGGGACCCAAGAUAAGCUUUGCUAAUGCACUGCACUCUUCGUUGAUUCUGUUGACCAUUCUAAAUGCAGGGUGCUGGAAUAUUUAUCUUUUCUAAAAUUUGACGUGGCAUUCACGUUCACUGAUCAAAUUCUGACCCAUUUAUUAUGGGCACUGUACAAUCUGAUAGACUGGAGGAGGAUUGUUCACUUCGGUGUUAUAACAAAACGCUUGCUGCAAAUCCUCUGAAAUAAGACACUUUUUUAAUCUGAGAUUUUCAUAAAGCAAAAUUUUACAUUGAAACCUCCUUUUAAUCAUAUAGUAUAUCAACAUUAAUUUUUGAUGUCUGUCAUUUGGAGCGUUGUUUCAUAUGAACUCCAGAAGAAUGCUACAUGGAUAUCUAUUCAAAACCUGAUUGUUCUGUAGAAAGUAUAUUUGCCAACAUUCCAUCAAGAUUAUUGAUAUCACUAUCUGUUUGAACAACCAAUGGGAAAUGGGAGUGUUCAAGGAACCUGUUUGAGAACAAUCAUUAUAAUUGCAAUUCUUCAGCUUUAAAAUCAAAGAUAUGGGAGAUACAAAUGGACAUUCAGAUUCCCUUUUGACUGGGAAUAAAGAACGAACAAAGAUUUCCAAAAACAAUACAAACAAGCUGGAUCUUCUGAUCUUGUAUGUCCUGAUUAUUUGAUCUGAAGAGCAUAUAUGGACUACAUUCAACAUAAACUACCCUGUAUUCUUUCUAUAUUAGGUUGCUGUCUUCAAGACAAGGAGACGUAGCUAAUUUUUGCCAUCUAAUAAAUUUUAUGUAGCUUUAAUCUUCUAAUAAUGGUGAGGGUGAACAUAUUUAUUGCUACCAUUAAAGUAAUUUUGAUAAGAAACUACAUGGAUGCUUUUUUUGAACAAUGAUUCUCUAUAGCAUAUGUACAUAUAUAGUACAAAACGUAUUUUGUGUGACCGUAUGCAUGGUCAGUGAGCUCUUGCACAAUGCUUCGAUUCACAUCCAUUGUUGAAUACAUGUGCAAGACAUUUGAACCGAGCUGUCAUAUGGCUUCCACAUUAUGCUCGCACUCGCCAAUAUCUGAAGUGUAAGUUCUCAGAACUGUGUACAAUUCACUCCAUCUGUUUAUUUGGAAGAACAGGAAGUGUUCAACUCAUUCAGUCUUUGUUUAGCAGAGCGUGCGAUUUUCUGUUUUUACAGAGUGGAGUGAUUACUUGUUCAGGAGGCAAUCUUUAGAAGAAGAAGAAGAAGAAAAAAAAAACAAUUCCAAGAAGUCCAAUUUAAUCUGUCAAACAUAAAAAUGCAUGUAUGAUAUUGAUUGUUAUUGUUUUGACAGGACCCUUACAAAACGGUGCCAUAGUAGCCAGAUAUAAUAUAAAUAAAUAUGCAUUAUAUAAAAAAAGAGAAAUAACAUAUUUAUGUGGUUCAGAAACAAUUUCUUUUUUUUUAGCAACUACAAUGGUCAAUUUUAUAAGAUAAUCCUUAGUUAAAUGCAUAAGCAUUAAUGCAUCAAUUAUGAAAUAAUCAUAGAUGCUAGACACUCAUUGCAUUCAUAUGAAAUCAUACAGCUCAUGUUCAGAUAUGGUAUUCAGCAAAAUCUCAUUCUUUUCUCUAUUGAGAAACCAAAUUAAUAGCAAUAGUGUGAACCUUUCAAGAUCCUGUGCUGAAGCAAUGAUAUAUGCUUCUGUAAUAACGUGCUGCGUUAUUUUGUAAAUAACUACAUUAACCAUAAUCCUGAACAGACCACCAAUCACAUGAGUCACUGUUACCAUGGGAACAGAAAUUACAGCAAAAGAACUUAACUGCUUCCAUGAAGUGAAUAAGUCUUCCUACAGUGUCAAACUACAUAUAUUUUUGUCUGUAUCCAAAUGCAAUAAUCAAUUACUAUAUAUUUUUUAUAUUGUAUACUCUAUUUUAUUUUUUACAUUAUUCAUAAGAUUUAGUGGGUUUAAAAUAUUUAUUCUCUUCUAAAAUAUUUAUUUUUCCCUAUUUUAAAUUUUUGGGGCAUCAAAAAUCAAGAUGAAUCACUUAAAAAUAUUGUGAUUCUCAUAUAUGGGUGGUUUGUUUUAUGACUUGUAUAUAGUAAUUAAAAAAGUUCCCAUGAGGAAAAAAACAAAAGCUGCUUGUAUGCAACAAUGACAACUGUUAUAAAGUCUUGUGUAUUAUUAAUCACAGACGUUCUCAGCAUUUGCACUUAUAAGAUAACAGCUGAACACAGAGUUCAAACCGUACCUUAGAAAUGAAAAGAAAUUGGAAUUACCCUUAAUUUUGAAAUGCUGAUCAUCGCAAAGCCUUAAUAAGCAAUGUCAUAUGGCCAGCCAUUGCCCAAAAUGCUCAAGAGACUUCCACUUUCUACUUUCUAUUUCUUUUCACCCAUCUUAGAACUACGUCAUUAAAACCAUCUGCAAGCUUUUGGAAUCAUGAACCAAUGGAGUUUGUGGUUUUUCUGUUAAAAGUAAUGAAAUAAUGGUCGCUGGCCGAGGGACGUAACGGAAGAGAGCGUGGAGGGCAAAACGAGUCAGUGAGUCACAUCCAAAAGGCAGCAGAUUGUUCAUAUUAAAUGGUGUCUAUAAUGGUGGCUCUGGGUGCCAUGAGGUAAUGCUUUCUGCUUGUAACAAGGAGUUCUGAAGGUUGGGAAUUUGGAAAUAAUAUAUAAAGAGCGGGAGAACAAGUCACAUUUCCAUACUGACAGUCGCAUACAGCGUCUGUUAGGAGCUCGCCAAUAACAGCAGAUGAAUCCAAGCUAACGCUAGAAGUCCAGCAAAACUGUUUAAAAAUAAGUGACAAUUUUCAAAGGUCUUUCUGUGGUUACACAAACUAAUAAAAGCCUACUGUCAGAAGAUCACAUCGCAAAAAAAAAGCCUUCAGCUUGUAAUCACGCUUCUUGCUUGUCAAAAGAAUCUAUAAAAAGAUUUAACACAAGGCCUAUUUUACACUGUUCAAUGAAAAGUUGCGAAGCAUGACUGUGUCCUAGUUACAAUGUCUUUGCGCCGCACUCUACUGCUCCAGUUAUUAUUGCUAAUGGGAUGGGCGGCUUUGAUCAUUGGCUCUUGUGAUCAGGAACAACACACUAGAGCGGCUGUUCUAAAUGUCAUGAGGAGCCAGGAUGACAAAAUAAACCGGCUUAUCAACUUUUAAAAAGGGAGGAGACACAUUUCCCUUGUCCUUUGUUGUUGACAUCAAAGGCCACUGGUAGAAGCCGCUUGAAUAGCAUGACAUCCUCAAAGACUAUGCAAGGUGAACAAAAACACGAGCCAGACUGUGUAGCAUUCACUUUCAAAGAGGAUGAACUUGGAAAGUGCACCAUGUGGUGAACUACUGGCUGCCGAGAGCAUGAAACCAUUACAUUCAAGAGACAUUUUGAAACUCUAUAAAGUCAAAGUAAGAGUAAAAUUCAGGUUUCCUAUAUAAAAUACACUAUUCUGUUCACA